AUGAAAUUACCGUCUCUGUUUAUCAUUAAAGAAAUAAGCCUUAAAAAUUCAGCAAGAAGAGAAGAAAGUUUGUUUAGCUUAAAACAAUUUCUGAAAAAUGACAAUCAAACAAAUCAUCAGUUUACUGGAGCUAGACCAAAGUUUUAUGAGCCACAAUCCAGAACACCAGAGCCUAGUGAAAAUCAUGAUACGGGAAAAUAUCCAAGGAACCCUACAGAAUUACCAGAUUUUGUACAAGAUCAUCUUGUUAUCGAACAGUGUUAUCUUGGCGACAAAGCUUCUGCGAAUAUUGGAAAUAUAGAAGUUGAUAAUUUGCCAGACUUUGCAUUAAAUAGUGUUGAGAAGAGACAUAUACGACAUUUAAAUGGUCAAUGCAAUAAAACUGCCGAUGGUACAAAAGAUAUUUCAUUUGAUCUUACAAACCAUUUAGAUAAGGAUUUUAUAAAAAAUCCUUCGCACCAAAGUUGUUCGGACUUUCCAAAACUGGAUGUCAUUGAUGGUGAAUCCGCUGAUGUGCCAGAAUCUUUAGGUUUUCCAUUUAAUUUACCAAUACCUGGAUGCGCUGAAUCGAAUUCAAAUGCUAAUGUACCUAUGUAUCAGCCUUUAUCGGAAGGAAUACAAAAUACAACAAAACUAUUACCCGACUUUUUAAGCGAUGCAUCAAUUCGUACUCGUGGGAUUUCAAUAGCCGAAAGACCUAACUGCUCUGGUUCAAAUGAUUCUAUCAAUCACUGGUUGUUUAUGGAAAAUGAGAGAUUACGCAGUGAAUUGCAAAUUGCAAGGAGACAAGCGAAUGAUGAUUCUAUGAGAAUAGAAACAUUAGAAUCUGAACUUUUAUCAAUAAGACAAUUAAAUCUUGUAGAAAGUGCAAAUAUUGAAAAAGAAAUGCAGCAAGCAGAAGAUAAUUUAAAACGUAGUACAAAAAGGGCUAUUAAUGCGGAGAAUAGAAUAGAAGCUUUGAAAAGAAAUAUCGAUUCUUUAUGCAUUAAAGUUAUGAUGUUGCGAAAAGAAAAUCAAGAAUUGAAAGCAACAAUGGAGACGAAUAACAGUGGUUGUAGGAAUAUAAAUUCUGCUGACAAUAGGAUACGAAGCUUAGCUAACGAUAUGAGACUUGCUGCAUCGACAGCAGAAGUUUCAUUAAGGCAAUUAAUGUCAGGUGUAAAUAAUUUAAGAGAACUUGCAUCCGCUCUUGAUAAAGAAGAUAAGACAGAAGAUAGUACCAAAGAUUUUUUACCAGAUGUAGAUGAUGACAAUGCAGCUGGACCAGCGUUGUAAGAACAGCAUUUGGAUUUCAGAUAUUCUUUUAUUUACUUCGUUCACAUUUCUGUCAAGUUCCUAAGAAGCUUGAACUUAUUUCCUAAAAGAAUAUUUAAUUUGCCUAGUAAUAUUUUGGAUGAGCAUAAUUGUGCUGCGUAAUGAUUUGCUUAACUUUAGUAUAAUUGAAAGAGUAAGUCA